AUGGAGGAAGUCAAUACUUGUGCAGACGAAUAUCAUGAAUUCGACCUUUCCGCCCUUGUUCUUCAUAACAAUGCUUCAACGUCCCUUCUUGUUUCCCAUUCUCCAACCCCAGCCCCAGAACCGGUUUCGAAAACCACACCUAAAGGUAUAUCCAAGCGAAGGGGGAAAAAACGUUCAUCGACCGCCUGUACAACAUGCAGGAUAAGGAAAGUGAGGUGUAAUAUCAUAGCACAUGGAGCACCAUGUAGUAAUUGUAGACAUGAUGAAAUCGAGUGCAUUUUACCUCUGAGUCGGAGGCAGCGGUAUAAACCACCAAACCCGGGAAAGCACCUUAAGAUGGACUAACGGAAAAGAAUUUAGGUCUGCUCGAGAUCGCGCUGAGAAGAAUCAAAUGGGUUCAAUGGGCACUUCUGAAACAGAAAAGUUGCGCAGUCUGAAUACAACCCAAAUCGAGCAAGAAAGUAGCCAUGUCCGUCAGACAACUGAACAAGCUUCCUCACUCUCAAAUCUCACUCCACAUAGGAUGAGGAUAUCUGAACGUCAAAUCCCUGAAAUACUACCCCUCGGGGCUUCUACGAAACAACAAGAAGCAUCACCCACUCCAUCCAGAAUAAGAUCAUGAAAUCAGAUAAAAUCGCCGUUAACAUCAUCCCCAGUUCCAGAAAUAAACCCAACGAGCGCCCCAGAUCAACGCAUUCCAAGAAUUCCAAAAAUCUUCAACGCCUUUCCCAAAAGUGUUGAUUCCACAGACAUGAUGUAUCUACAUACGCGAGAUGCCCUCACACUUCCCUCCGAAAUCCUACAGAUCGCCUUAUCCAAAUCGUACGUCACCCAUGUACAUUGGAACAUGCCGAUAUUGGAUUUGGAUGACUUUUUAUAUGUUGUUCAAUAUGGCGGUGGGGAAUCUGGCGCUGGGAAAAGUACGCAUGCCCCAAACAAAAUUGAAUUUCUGCUUUUUCAAGCUGUUAUAUUUGCUGGUGCUGAGCAUGUAAGUAUGAGGUUUUUGAGAGAAGCAGGUUGGAGCGAAAGAGAGGUGGCUAGGAAUGCCCUAUUUGGAAGAAUCAAGGUAGGGUCCGAAUCGUCUAAUUCUACUUAUAAAAAUGCUUUAUGUCACUAAUGUACUACCAAUAAAGUAGAUUCUCUAUGACUUUGAUACGGCGACUGAUCGUCUCUCAAUCGUUCAGUCCUUACUUCUUAUGACACUUUAUUCUCCCUCUCCACCUACUGGUGAAACUAUAAAUCAUAACGUAACUUUCAUGAAAGACGAAAAUCAUUAUCUGAACUUGGCUAUUUCGCUUUGUUAUUCAUUGGGUCUCCAUAGAGCACCGCCCUUUUCUGCACUGGGAAGUCCCGACGCUUCGGCUUUGAAAAGAAGAGGGCUCGAAAAGCGGAUGUUCUGGACAGCCUUCAUUCGCGAUCGCCUCCUUGCAACUACAUCUAAACGCAGUCUUAGGAGACUCGUUCGGAUCAAAAAGGUGGAUUGCCAGAUUUCCAUGCUUAGCCUCGCGGACUUCGACAUAACACCCGAAGCAGACGACGACGACAGCGAUGAAACCAUGCACCAACGUGUAAGCGCAAAUUCAUACAUUGAAAAAGCCAUUUUAUGCUGGAAUGGGAGCGAUACCUCUUUUGACUUGCAACAUCAAUGGCCACAGAUCCUAUCCCAAACAAUGAACGAGCGACCAUCCAUUUGGAAACGUGAUACUUCUCACAAUCAGCACUAUUCAAGUAUAACGAAAAUAUCAUUACGCUCUCCAUCCGCCAAAAACCUCAGUGCUCUGGAUUACGAUUUCUUUCUGAGUCCAGAAACACAGAACUCUUACGACCAUCCGGCGCCAUCCAGUACCAUCUCAUCAGAUUCUCCCCUUCUUAGUCCCUAA